UGGGGCUCAGUCAACACAGCCCUGCUGGUUCAAAUAAUUGACUCAAAUAUCAGGAGCGGAGACACACAAUGAAGAAGAGUGCCAUACGGACACAUUGCUGAUAGACUUAUAUGAUCUUUUUAGCGAUAGUGUGGAAGACUGUACAGAUAGUUUAGAUAGACAUAGCUCUUAUUCGAGUUAAAGCGCUUUUAUUCGGACUUUGAGCGCCGUAAGUAAGAGGUGAUCAUGCCCCCAACAACGCCCUACGCAGGAAAGUUCAACUCCUGCCCAUCGUACGGCAACAACAACCAUGUUCAGCCUCCGAGCCCGUACCACAGCGGCUCCGCUCCGAAACCGUCCAGAGACAACAUCUACAACGGCCCCUACUCCCCAACCGAAAACCCUUACGAUGUGCCGCAGCCUCACAGCGCGUAUCGGACCACCUCCGUCUCCUCAGUGAGCACCAAGGAGCACCAUUACGGCAGCAGCUGUACCAUUUCGGAGAACCCGUACUCCUCGCCACAGCCCCACAGCCCUCGCCAGCACAGCACUUCCUGUCCGGGCCGAGCGUACCGCCACACGAGCAGCAGCUGCAGCAGUGAACACUCCUGCCGGAGCAACGGGGCUGCAGCGAAAGCUCGGCUCUACGGUCACGGCGUCGCCACCAGCUAUGGGGAGAUGUGUUAUCACGACAACAGCUUGGUUUCAGCUUCUCUUGAGGCGCUGAUCCAGCAUCUGGUUCCCACUGUGGAUUAUUACCCUGACAGGUCAUAUGUCUUCACCUUCCUGCUGAGUUCGCGCCUCUUCCUGCACCCAUACGAGCUCAUGACCAGGGUUUGUCACUUGUGUGUGGAGCAGCAGCGGUCCGGAGAUGCCCUGCUGGAUAAGAUCCGUUUCCGUGAGGUGGCACCGAAACUGGUGCAGCUGCUGACGGAGUGGACGGAAACCUUUCCAUACGACUUCAGAGACGACCGCAUGAUGCGAUGCCUGAAGGACAUGACGCUCCACGUGGCUCGAGGGGAUGAGUAUUCUUGGCGGGCCAUGCAGCAGAUGACCCAGCGUCUCAUCAAGCGCCUGUCCGCCCUCGGUCAGUACGAGGAAGCCGUGGCUACGCUCAACGCUGCGGCGCAGGAACGUCCCGCUUCGCUGAAGACCAAACAGGCUUCAGCUCAAAGGGCCGACAUACUGAGCGCGUGCGACGAUCCUUUCAUCCUCGCUCAGCAGCUGACACACAUUGAACUGGAUAGACUGAGCUUCAUUGGUCCUGAGGAGUUUAUUCAAUCUUUUGCGAUGAAGGAUCCUCUGGAAAACCACAAGGGUUUCUUCCGGAAACGUAAAACCAGUAACCUGGAGGCCUACGUCAGCUGGUUCAACAGGCUCAGCUACUUGGUGGCAACAGAGAUCUGCAUGCCAGCGAAGAAGAAACACCGAGCGCGGAUCAUAGAGUUCUUCAUCGAUGUGGCUCAGGAGUGUUUCAACAUCGGCAACUUUAACUCUCUCAUGGCGAUCAUCACUGGGAUGAACAUGAGUCCGGUCGCCAGACUGAAGAAAACCUGGAAUAAAGUCAACACAGACAAGUUUGAAAUCCUGGAGCACCAGAUGGACCCGUCUAGUAACUUCAGCAACUACCGCACGGCGCUCCGCGGCGCCACCCAGAGGUCCGAGACCGCACAUAGCAGCCAGGAGAAGAUUGUGAUUCCGUUCUUCAGCCUCCUCAUUAAAGACAUCUACUUCCUGAAUGAAGGCUGUGCCAACAGGCUGUCAAACGGACACAUCAACUUUGAGAAACUGUGGGAGCUGGCGAAGCAAGUGAGCGAGUUCCUGGUUUGGCGCCAGGUGAUUUGUCCAUUCGACAGAGACCGCCGCAUUCUUCAGUAUCUGGUCACCACGUCCGUUUACACCGAAGACGAGCUGCACCUGGCCUCCUACGAGAGCGAAGGACCAGAAAACAACAUGGAGAAAGACAGCCGCAGGUCUCUGAGAUCUUCCCUUCUCCAUCGAGAAAACCGCUCUUAAGACGUUUUCUCUACUUUCGAUUUAUAUUCCCAAGCCCAAAGUUUACAUUCUGGAUCCAAGCGAGCUCCUGCAGAACAACGGAUGCAGCUUAAGCAUCAUCAACAAUAAAGAAGUUCUUUUCAACCCUUUGGGACUACAACGAGUGCCAGUAAUUUUACAUAAAGAAAAACUUAAGUGCCAGAAACAUAACUCCAUCGUGAAGCUAGGAUUUGUUUUUUGAAGAAAAAACAAAAAAACAUCUAAA